AUGCCCACUGUCAGCUGGCAGCGCCCGGCAGAUUUGGGCGCCGAUCCACCGACAAGUAAGUCAACAACCAGCGCCUUCACCAGAGCAACGCGGCGGAGGCCAUCGCGUGAACUCUAUAGCUACAUUCACAUCGGGCGGCUCACGCAACUCCGCUGCCAACGACUGCAAUCUUGCCACUAUGAUUUCCUGAUGGGUAUUAAGGGCAUUUAUGGAGAGCUUGGCUCUGGCCAGCGCGUGUCACUGUCCAAACUCGCGGCCGACACAUUAAAGGCAGAAGGCCGCCCGCUACGACUUGCUGUUGACGUCGCCAUCUGGCAGUUUCAAGCACAGGCUGCAAGAGGUGGCACGAAUCCCGCCAUUCGAACCCUCUUCUACCGACUUGUACGAUUGCUCGCCAUUCCCAUCCAGCCAGUCUUUCUCUUCGACGGUCCAAAUAAACCCACAACCAAACGGAACAAGAGAUCUGGUCGCGGCGAUGGUGUUGCAAACUCACAGGCCAAGCGCCUGAUUCGCUUGUUUGGCUUACCCGUGCUGGAUGCGCCGGGCGAAGCAGAGGCAGAAUGCGCACUGCUGCAACGUCAUGGCAUUGUCGACGCUGUGCUGAGCGAGGAUGUCGACACAAUCAUGUUUGGCUGCACAAAAACGCUUCGAAAUUGGUCCUCCGAGGGCAAGACCGCCACCGCACCCACACACGUUUCGCUUUACGACACAGCUGCUGUUGCUAAUCACGGCUUGGACAGACAGGGCAUGGUGCUGGUCGCCUUGAUGAGUGGUGGAGACUAUCUCCCCGACGGAAUCCCUGGCUGCGGUGUAAAGGUUGCAUGCGAAGCUGCCAAUGCUGGUUUCGGCAAGUCUCUUUGCCGUCUCAAGGCUUCAGACACGGACAGCAUCGACGCAUGGAGAGCAGAGCUGCGCCAUGAGCUCACCACCAAUGAAAGCGGUCAUUUUCGCACAAAACACAAAAGCUUGCACAUCCCUGACGAUUUUCCCAACAUGGAAGUAUUGCGAUAUUAUACCCAUCCGGUUGUGUCGCCGCAAAAUAGCCUGGAAACGAUCCAACAGAAAGUACACCAGCAUAAGAAUGUUGAUUUGGCCUCUCUUCGCGAGUUUACUCGCGAGACGUUUGAUUGGGACUACCGUGAAGGCGCUAUAAAGUUCAUUCGGGUGCUGGGUCAGGCGAUGCUCGUCCAAAACAUGAAGCAAUCCCGUAACCUCAUCCAAGACAUUUCAAAACGCCGGACUCAUUUCAGCACCGACGCCACCCCAGAAUUGCGACUGUCAUAUAUACCUCAAGAGGUGGUUCCGAUAGACUUGUCAACGGAGGUUGCAGAGAACAUCAACUACGGGAGGGACGGGCUCGCACUGAACAGCGACGAUGAAUUUGCCCCCUCACAGGGAACAGAGGCCAAGACGCCGCAGACUUUCGACGUAACCGUCCCUGAGCUGGCCUGGGUUUUGGAAGACGUCGCAAGGCACUAUACGCCCGAAUCAAUACACAAGUUUGAGAUGGCGGAAGCCGCAAAGACUCUUCGAAAGUCACCAAAGAAGAAGUCGCCCAAGAAGGCUGCGAAACCAGCCAAGGACACUGGAAUGCCGAAAGGCGCCAUCGACAGCUUCUUUCGGAUCACCAAGAAGUCGAAUCCGAUUAUAGAAAGCGUCGCGAAAGAAAGGUCGCCGCCACCUCGGAAGAAUGUGCCCUCUUCUUCCAUCGACGCCAUUAUACAAUCUCAGGAGCUGCCUCCACUGCCUCGACCACCCAAGACGCCCCCGCGAUCUCCAAACCUUCCCGGAGCACCGUCUAUUCCGAAGCCAUUGUCAUUUCGUCCAGUCCUCCCUGCCACUCCUCGCCGCCAUCUACCGCACCCUGCUCUCAGGCCCCUGCCUCACAGCCUGCGACGGAUGCUGGCCCCGCGGCUGGAACGGCCGAUAAAGCCCGCAGCGUCAAAACCUGCCCCUCCCAAGUUUAAACAGACCUCACUGGAUGUUUUUACAUCCCGAAAGACGGCCCGGCCCACAUUCAAAGUGCCACCGGCUUUGCCGCCUCUGACGGACAAGCAGCUGCUUGACGAUCCGUUUGACGACGACUCCUCUCUGCUGUCUAUAUCCGACAUGGCGCCGCAAGAGCCCUCGUCGCCCAGCAAACGCCGGUCUCAGGAGAGCCAGGCUGCAAGCAGUGAUAGGAGUGGCAGUCCCACGCCAUCACGGAGGAAAAAGUUGCUCAUCUCCAGCGCUGCGGGCAUGCUUCGCGAAAUCGAAGUCGACUUGGACGAAAGGGAGGACGUGAUUGCCCGAGAAGAGGCCAAGCUGGUUGGGUCUAAAAUCAAGGGCAAGGUGACCCGGUGGAGCGACGUUUCCAUUAUUGAUCUCACGGAAGAGUAG